UUACAUGAAUUUCCAUCCGAUCAGCUGAAAGGAACCAAAGCCUGUUGGUGCUACACGUGUUUAUAAUACCCUGAACGUAUACUCAUAUUUGUACAGUAAAUUUCACUCUUUGGAAUCUCAGCCAUUACUUAUCAAAAUGCCGAAGGUUAAAACCGAGAAAAAAUCUCGAAAACAUCAGGAGGUGAAGAGUCAAGGAAUUAUGUUCAAUACUGGUAUUGGUCAGCAUAUUUUGAAAAACCCUUUGAUUGUCAAUGCCAUCAUAGAGAAGGCAGCAUUACGACCAACAGAUGUGAUUUUGGAAGUUGGUCCUGGAACUGGUAACAUGACUGUCAAACUCUUGGAGAAAGCCAAGAAAGUGGUUGCAUGUGAGUUGGAUACCAGGCUUGUUGCUGAGCUUCAGAAAAGAGUCCAGUGCACUCCAAUGCAGAACAAGCUUCAGAUCCUCAUAGGGGACGUCCUAAAGACGGAGCUCCCCUUUUUUGACGUGUGCGUGGCUAACUUGCCUUAUCAGAUAUCAUCACCUUUCGUGUUCAAGCUGUUACUUCACAGGCCAUUUUUUAGAUGUGCCGUGCUGAUGUUUCAGAGGGAAUUUGCCAUGCGUUUGGUGGCUAAACCUGGAGACAAGCUAUACUGCCGACUGUCCAUCAACACACAGCUCCUAUCCCGCGUGGACCAUCUCAUGAAGGUGGGAAAGAACAAUUUCAGACCACCUCCAAAAGUAGAGUCCAGCGUGGUGAGGAUAGAGCCCAAAAAUCCUCCGCCACCUGUCAACUUCCAGGAAUGGGAUGGUCUUGUCAGAAUUGCAUUUGUCCGAAAGAACAAAACGCUCAGUGCUGCUUUCAAGUCUUCUGCAGUUGAGCAAUUAUUAGAGAAGAACUACAGAAUCCACUGUUCUGUGAACAAUAUAGAAGUACAACAGGAUUUCAACAUAACUCAGAAAAUUGAUAGCAUCCUUCAAGAGUCGAAGUUUAAUGAAAAGAGGGCACGUUCCAUGGAUAUUGAUGAUUUCAUGGUGCUUCUUCAUGCCUUCAACUCUGCCGGGAUACACUUCUCCUAAGACUUAAGGAACAGUGAACAGCUACUAGGUUGACAGGAAGUGAUGUCACAGUCUUCUCGUAUUCUGGUUAAUGCUUUCAUCCAUGUGAAGAAAUGAAUGGCAUUUCUUUUCAAUGGACAUGCAGUGGGACACUUAAUCUCUCAGGCUGGCAAUGUUUUGUGCCUUUGCUGAAUGAUGAAAUAUUUCCGGACUUCUUUCUGAGGUAAAACUUUAGUUUUAUUCCUCUCAGCUUUGAAGAGGACAUAUGUAAUGGCUUCUUACAGCUUUCAUUUAAUAUGCACUCUUCAGUUGUGAGUACACCAGUUUACUUUUGAUACAACUGAUGCUGUUGUAAAGAAUAUUGGUCUUCAUCCCCAUCAAUCUCAGCAGUAUACACACAAAACGCUAUCCUGCCCACUACUGCUCAAUACUGAACUGUCAAAUUGAGAAAU